AAUCAUGGCGAAAUAUGAUCUAUCCAUGGGAAGAGCCGGCAGCUAACGGACGGGCGGUCGUGAUGAGAUGACACAGCCGCUGGACACAUCAGUCAAACGGGGGAAGAGGGACCGAGAUGAGGGACUCACGACCUCACGGCACCUUUUAGGAGGAGACCGGGAGAAACGGGCUCCUCACUGGCUAAUAUCCCUGAACCCACAAGUUCGGGGCAUCGUUGUCUCCUUGUGCCCUGACGCGGCCCCACCCUGUCUGAAAGCUGCAGGUCCCACCUCCCUCCAUCAUGACGGUUGCUACCAGCGACCCCUCGGAUGAAGCAGCAGCGCGCCCGGGUGGACCUCACGACCACUAUGACCCUGAGCCGGACCACGAUUGCUGCGAGAGAGUUGUCAUCAACAUCUCUGGCUUGCGCUUCGAGACGCAGCUCAAGACCCUCUCACAGUUUCCAGAGACGCUACUGGGUGAUCCCAAAAAACGGAUGAGGUAUUUUGAUCCUCUCCGGAACGAGUACUUUUUUGACCGCAAUCGACCAAGUUUUGACGCCAUUCUGUAUUAUUACCAAUCAGGAGGGAGGCUGCGCCGGCCCGUUAAUGUCACCUUGGACAUUUUUUCUGAGGAGAUCCGGUUUUAUGAGUUAGGCGAGGAGGCGAUGGAAAUCUUCAGAGAGGAUGAAGGUUUCAUAAAGGAAGAGGAGCGACCUCUGCCAGAGAAUGAGUUUCAGAGACAAGUUUGGCUGCUGUUCGAGUAUCCAGAGAGCUCAGGUCCUGCUCGCAUCAUUGCCAUAAUCUCCGUCAUGGUGAUUCUGAUCUCCAUUGUCAGCUUCUGCCUAGAGACACUGCCAGUUUUCCGAAAUGAGGAUGAGGACAUGUACAAAUAUCCAUCCCAGUCCAUGGACAAUACCACCUAUGUCUAUACUGGCUCUUCAUAUUUCACAGAUCCCUUCUUCAUUGUGGAGACCCUUUGCAUCAUCUGGUUCUCUUUUGAGUUCCUCGUCAGGUUCUUUGCCUGUCCCAGUAAAGCUGGGUUUUUUGGCAACAUCAUGAACAUCAUUGACAUUGUGGCAAUCAUCCCUUACUUCAUCACACUUGGCACAGAGCUAGCAGAGAGGCCAGAGGAUGGCCAGGCAGGCUCGCAAGCCAUGUCUCUGGCUAUUCUCCGUGUCAUCCGUCUAGUCAGGGUGUUUCGUAUCUUCAAACUCUCACGUCACUCCAAGGGGCUCCAGAUCUUGGGACAGACUCUGAAGGCCAGUAUGCGUGAGCUUGGCCUCCUCAUCUUCUUCCUGUUUAUCGGUGUGAUCCUCUUCUCCAGCGCCGUCUACUUUGCAGAGGCAGACGAGCCACAAUCGCAGUUCAGCAGCAUCCCUGAGGCCUUUUGGUGGGCCGUGGUCUCCAUGACCACUGUAGGCUAUGGAGACAUGGUGCCAACAACCAUAGGAGGAAAAAUCGUCGGGUCUCUCUGUGCAAUCGCCGGUGUGCUGACUAUUGCCCUGCCUGUACCUGUCAUCGUGUCAAACUUCAACUACUUCUACCACAGAGAGACGGAGGGCGAGGAGCAGGCACAGUAUUUGAAUACGCCAAGCGUGCCUAAAGCCAGCUCAGCUGACGAUCUGAAGAAGAGUGGUCGGAGCGGCAGUGGGUCCACUCUGAGCAAAUCUGACUACGUGGAGAUCCAGGAGGCUGUGAACCACAGCACAGAGGACUUCAGACCUGAGGGCAUGAAAACAGGAAAUUGCACACUGGCCAACACAAACUAUGUAAACAUCACUAAGAUGCGUACCGAUGUAUAGUGUGAGCUACUAAGGAUGGUUAACUUCUGUCAGAGUCUACAGGGAUUGUGACAGGAAUGUCGGUCCCUGUGUUGACCAAUGUAUGGCGCCCAGUGUGGGAGUCCGAAGCAGAUGAGUGAGAUUAUCUUGGUGAAAAGGUCAGUAGAACGACCUCCUAUUCUCCCAUUAUCCUAUAAGGACCUAUCAUUGCAUAUCAUAGAACUGCUCCCUCUCGCAUUUAGGACAUUGUCAGUGUCUGCAUGGAGUUAGUCGUACCUAUAUGACGUAGUCGUCGUGCUCGCAACAGUAGCCAAAUAGUAGCCUAACCAGUAAUAAUCAAUAUUAACAGUGUAAAGGGACCACAAGUUUCUACCUUCUCGCUCAAGCUGCCGCCUGGAGAAGAUGCAAGAUGACGAUAAUUCAAAUCAGCUUAAAGUUUGUUUAUAAAUGUUAUUAACUCACUUGUGAUUUAAAGGAAAAAAAACAGGCCAUACUAUCGGCAUACAUAAGAAACUUUCAUCGGCUGCUCAAACUGCCAAGGUCCUGACUCUGAGAAAAUCUAAAUCUCUGAGAUCACCGCUGUUCUGUCAGGGGAAAACCAAGAGAUGGAAAGAGAGCAUUUGUUGCUGACUCUGUGGGAGAAACAAUCUGAGUGCACUAGCUUUACUCUCAUACCCAUCACUAGAUAUUUUAGUCUAGUCUAUAGUACAAGCUAGGGGCCUCUGUGGAGAUAUAUUAGGAUUCUGUUGUGUAAUUCAGGACCACAAGAGCACACCACCCUCUUUUCCUGCCAGUUAUUCCUUCUUGACGAAACUCAAGUAGAUUUAUCGUACAUAUGUACUCUUUUGCCAAGACUCUGCCUUGAUUUUCCAGUAAAUGCAGGCUAGGGGGUGGACAGAAGAAACUUUCCUCUGAACAAAGUGAAUGUCUGAUGUAUUGUUGUAUGUUUCAUUUGAUUUCUGGAAAUGUGUGCUUUUUUUAAUUAACAUGAUGAAUGUAUGCGUCUUACUAACUUUUUUUAAUGGUUAAAACGUCUGAUGUAGAAGGAAAGACUGAAUAGAUAGUGUUCUGAGUGAAUGCCUGUUUCUCCAUCCUCUUGACUGUACCUUCAAAUGUCUCUCUGGCUGCCACCUGCUCCACUGACACAGUGAGCACUAGUUUAGUUCAACUACACUGCCCAGCAUUAACGUUGCUCUCCUUGACUUCACAGCAUUCCAUGUUUGUACCAACAGCUCAGACGAGAUUAAGGACCAAAUACAUUUUUUGAUUUUGAUUUAACCCAGACCAAAUGUUAGCAAUUUAAGGAAGAGCUCAUUGAGCAACCCAAAUGAAAAUGUCCAACCAUUUUAAACCAGCGAUGUCGGCCACUGCAAGUCUUCUUAUGAUAUCCAGAGUCUCACUAGCAAUACUUUUGAAAAUGAUUGAUCUUGCCCAAUCAAACUGAGAGCUAAACACACUACCGUUUAAGAGAGCACAUGGAAAUAGACCCAAUAUAUACAACGGAGAAUCAUAUCCAUCAAUUUGACAACACAUGCAUGGCAAAUGGAAAACAUACUUCUACUCUGCCAAUUCAAGGAAUCUGAAUACACUGAAUUUUAAAAAUGCUUACAUCAUGUUAGCUAGCUAUGUAACAUGCUAGCUUUGUCGUUUUCAGAUCAACAUGUCUUUACUGCGGCCUUGUUGAUCUGGAUUUAGUUUUCUUGUCAGUAUUUGGUUGUGUUGUGAGCAUAUGUUUGCGUUGAGAGCAUUUGGUUGUGUUGUGCAAUGUGAGCAUAGGGUUGCGUGGUGAGUGUUUGCAGCACACAAUUUAUUUGCCGCACAUGUGUUUUCAAAUUGAUGACGAUUUUUCUCCAUGAACAUGUGAUGUGUCCAUUUGCCUAUGUUUUUUUAGGUUGCUGUACGUUGAGCUCUCGGCCAUCGUAUUGAAAAGUCAUUCCAUGGGGCAUUUUGCCUAAAUAAUGCAGGACCCAGUGAAGUGUCCUCUAUUAGCCUAUUAUCAAAUGCUAUUGUAGAGCUGCAUGUCCUGAGUAUUCAUCAUAGCAUGCAUUAGUAUGAAUAGUAUUAAAAGAGCAAAUCUAUAUACGUAUUUAUAGAUACUUGCGCUUUACGCGAUAUAGGGGAGACAGGUGUCUCGUUUAAGAAGUCUGAGUGAUGCUUCGCAUAUAUGCAUCUUUCUACCAUUGCUAUUUGAAAUGUUGUUGAAUCCAUGUGAAGCAUGUACCCAAUGAGGCUUGUGUGUCCAUUAGAAGAUUUAACUAUAUAUAAUCAGGGGAAAGAGAACAGGUUAAAUGUACGGAAACAAGGAAGAUAUGAUAGAUUCAGAAAAGACAUGAGGAUUGCCAAACUGACAGUAUGAUUCACAGCCCAGAUGUUAACUAAUGUCCCGCCCCAGCCUUAUAGUCUUUACCAUCUGUUGCCGUCACAACCCACUAACUGUGUGUUAUAGUGAAAGCACAACAACAGCUACUACUCUGUAUGAGCUGCCAAACCCAGUGGAAGCGCACAGACUCAAGAAGUUGGUCAGUGAGACUUUUUGCUCAGCAAAGUGUAUCAUAAUGCUCAGAGGGACUGUCUCUGACAUGCAGGUCCAUCAUGCUAAGUGUGUUGUGUUGUCUGUGUGUGUGUGUAUAUGUGUGUGUUGUGUGUUGUGUGUUGUGUGUGUGUGUGUGUGAGAGAGAGAGAGAGAGACAAGGAGAUUGUGAGAAAGAUCUUUUAGAUACAAGCUGCUUGUGUAGCUUUUAUAGACAAUGUGGCAGCAGUUAUCCAAAACACUGCUCUCCUCGACUCCAGGCCUGUGGUUCUCUGUAUGUUCCACACCAUCUCAGCACAGUGUUUACAGAGCUUGUGCAUACUCAACACAUGAAUCUCGUAUAUUAAACGGGGAAAACUGAAGGGAAUGUCCCGCUACACUCGCCAAAGGUGAGAUCUACAAGCAUGUGUUUUCGAGAUACGCUGUGGUAUCAGUUACUGGGACUUGAAGAGAGGAAAUAGAGGGAAAGUGAGGAAUGAUUUGGAAGGAAAAUAUGAUGAUGGAAGUAAAUCAAGCACUGCCCACACCCUCCUCUUUACUCUGGUGUAUUCUUGUAUUUCUCAACACUGUACUGGAAGACCUAUGUGACUUUCUGUGAAUCUUCUGGACCUCCGUCUUCUCCUCUAUUGUUACCAAGCACACGGUUGAAGUGACACGCUCUGUCGAGACAGAGUAGUUCUCUCAAAGAAACCAACACGAUCGCACAUCAGGAUUUGAACCAAGGAAAAACACAUCUCUGCUGUACUUUAUUACACACAGCUAUUGUACACGUGUGUACACACACUGCCUGUGUGGUGACUUCUGCUGUCAGGAAAGACAUGUUCCUGUGGUUAUAUCAUACUUCAAUACACACAAACUGACUGGACUUAAGGCCACAGCUGGUGGUGAACACACAUAGCCAUGUAAACAAUGUAUUUAACAGUUAUAUAAAACAGCUGCUUUCAGUGAUGUCUUAAAAUGCCUAAAGCUUCUGCUUUAAAAUGAGCUCCUGCCAUGUACAGAUCCCUAUGUAGCAGGGAAUCAAAGUGUAUGCCUGCUGAACUAAUCCAAGAAGCUAACGUUUCAUAGAUGAAGAAUUAGCUCUUAGGUUUGUAUGCUCCAAGGACAACGAAUGGAAGUAUGUUAAGAAUUCACAAAGGGAAUAUCAUUUCUAUGAGAACUUUAAUUUAUUUGUGUUGUCAGAUGUGUAACUGAUCUUUUGUUAGAUUCCUCCAUGGUUUCGUAUUGAUUGUCAUUAUUAGCUCUUCUUUGAGCCUCACAUGUUGCAUGGGCGGAGGAUUAACUGAAAUCCAUAUGCAGGUUUGAUUCUCUCUGUACUGUCUCAACACAUAUUUACCUCCAGACUACUGAUCUUAAUUACUCUAAAUCAUCUGCCUUUGGUCAGAAAUAAGUUUGAUUGUGCUUUACAUAAUCCACAGUAUUCACUGUAUUAUUACUGUUAAGGUGGAUUCUGCUCAGCUCCAUGUGUUUGUUUACAACCUGUUGUUUUUCUCUACCAUUGUAAAGAAAAAGACUGAACCAUGAUGCAAACUGUAUGAUGUAACAUGCAAAGGAAAAAUGGACCUGAACGCUUGCCAUGCCGGUUACAAGGACUUACAGUGACUAUAAACUGAAAGAGGCACUUUUGUCAAAACCAUUGUAAAUGAUAAAACUGUUAUGAAUAAUAAUACUACUAAUGGUCUGAUGAUACUAAUGGUCUGAUGAUUAUAUCAAUAAUAACAUCUUUACAAUAAGCUUC